GGUGAGAAGGGUGAGGGUGAGGGUGAGAAUGGUGAGGGUGAGGGUGAGACUGAUAGUGAUGAAACUUUUGAGUGGGAGAAUGAUAGUGAAGUUGACAAGUUGGAUGACAUCUUGUUUGAUGAAAAUGUGGAUGAAGUUGAGGUUGAGGUUGGGGUUGAGGCAGAGGAGGGUGAGGUUGAGGGUGAGGGUGAGAAGGGUGAGGGUGAGAAGGGUGAGGGUGAGGGUGAGACUGAGCUUGGGGUUGAGAAGGGUGAGCUUGGGGUUGAGAUUGAGGCUGAGAAGGUUGAUGAGGGUGAGGAGAGUGAUGAAGAUUUAAAUCAGGUCGUGGAUGAGGUUGCUGAGUUUAUGGCUAAGAAUGGUGGGUUUGAUGCUGAUGGUGGUGUUGGUGGGGAGAGUGAGGAGAGUGAGGAUAGUGAGGAUAGUGAGGAGAGUGAUGAUGAUAUUUUGGAUUGGGAGUAUGAUAUGGAAGCUGACAAGGUAGAUGACAAGAUGUUUGAUGAUAAUGUGGAUUUUGAUGCUGAAUGGUUGCAUGGUCAGGGGGAAGGUGUUAAGAAAUGUGCAAAUGAUGCAAAGGUUAAAAAUAUUACAUCAAGAUGGCUUGCUGGUAGAUAUGCUCAUGAGCUGCAAAGUGAUCCUGAUAGAAAGAUUAAGGGUUUUAGGGACAGUAAAGGUGAAGGCCAAGCCCACAAGAAAAGAAAGGAAGGGAAAAAACAAACCACAGUCCCAAAAUUCAUUCAAGCACCUUCAAUGUACAAUCAAUAUACUUCUGCUCAGUUGGGUCCAACUUCUGGGGUGAACAUUAGAGGGCCUCCUACAUUUCAGGUGGGUCAAUUUAUACCAAGUCAAGAAAGUUGCCUUUCAGAGAGGGACACUAGGCUCAAACAAAUAUUUCAAGAAGGAGGACAGAAGUACAUAUCUGUGUCUGAGCUUAUAUCUGGCAUGAACAAUCCAAAGAAGAGUGAUGAUGGCAGAGGAAAACAGAAAUUGCUGUGA